CCCAGUAGCACCACCACUGCUUUAUUCUUCAAGCAGCCGGUUCUCUGAAAACAAUGCUUAUUCUAUGGUGGUUGAUGGCUUAAAUCUCAAGCAUGCUGCGGUGUUGCCAUCUCGAUGACUUGCACGCGCUGAAGUCAGUCUCGGAGAGAGAGAGAGAGAGAGAGAGAGAGUCGCUUAUGGCUACUAUCUAAGCUCCUAAUGCUCCAUGGAGAAAGUACUGUCUCUCCACUUUUUCUACGUUUAACUUAAAACUGAGAGUCCAGUGGGAUUCGCCUUGUCACGUUUAAAGAAUUGACUCUCCAACGCACCCGAUCUCUCACCCGUUCUUCGCCAACCAACGCUGCUGGUUGCAUUCCAUUCCGAAGCCUCGCUUCUUAUCUAUCUAUGCGCUCGGAGAAGGAGGAGAAGGAGAAGAAGGAAAGGAAGAAUUUGCGACGGAGUUCAGGGAAGUUUUCCAUCAUGGUCUUCGUGGCUCCCAAGAAGCUCACUGUCCUCCUAAUUAUCGUCUUGGCUUCACUUCCAUCCAUUGCAUUGGCAGGGCGGCAAACAAGGAUUUUUGGUAAAUACGCAGCACCAGCGGGGUCCACGAUGAAGGAUUUAUCCAAGCAUGGGUUGCACCAGCAACAAAUCUCCAUUGUUCAUUACAGGAUUCUCAAAGUCAAUACAAAAGACUACGGAAGCUACGAUCCUUCUCCAUCUCUUUCCAAGCCUCCUUUCAAGCUCAUACCCAACUGAUCUAAUCGAAGUUGCUUGGUCUUGGGGAACAACACUUGGUUACUUCGAGCUAAUGCUUUCAUUAUAUGUGAUCUAUAGUUAAGUACUGUUUGGUUCCUAAGAUAUGUAUCGGAAGUUACUGUCUUGAGAUACAAAUUUAUGCUCAUGUCCCUUCCGUUUCCAUGUGAAUAUGUCAUGUGUGAUGAAGCAAAAUGUAUUAGAUGCUACAAUGGAUGAUCUAAGUUACCCACACAUUAUUCUUACAAUAAACCUCUUUGCUUUACAUGUACUUGGAUUA